UCUGCAAUCAGACGAGCAAAACAAACGUCUGAAUCCGACCGAAUGUCAUGUGGAUGUUUACUGUAUCUGGCCGAAAGGCCAGCGGGCAGAGCUGACCUCACCUUUCCUGUUUCCUUCGGCCCUCGUUGGUUCUGGGUCUCCCUUCUGCAUUCUGGAUGCUCCUUCACAUUCACCUCACACACACACACACACACAGACAUGGCGGGUCGGUUCUGCUUCACCUCCGUUUUUAUGCUGCUCUUUAUGUUGCAGCUUUCUGCCUCCAGUCUAAGUAAAGUCGUGGUCCAGACGGACAAACCCAUAGGAAUCUUCCUGCUGAUUGACGGAGGAAGAUACACUUUGAACUUCACCGAAGCACAAGUGGCGUGUUCGUUUCUGAAGGUCACCAUAGCAACUAUAGCUCAGAUGGAGGAAGCCGUACGACACGGACUGGAGACAUGCAAGUUUGGCUGGGUGGCUGAGAAGACGGCGGUCGUCCCACGGAUAACAUCUGACAACAACUGUGGAAAAGGAAACACGGGGCUGGUCCUGUGGAACACGCCGCCUGACAGGAAAUUUGCAGUGUACUGCUUCAACGCUUCAGCGCUUACGGAUCAGAACCAAACUCUGGACCCGUCCACAGCCACCCCACAGUCUCCCAGCUCCUCCACCUUACCGGAAGCUCUGGGCCCAGCCUCGUCAUCUGCUGCUCCUACCUCCAGAUCAUCCACCCAGACUCCGCCUGCAGCGGGAAAGACAUCUACACCUCAGCCCACCGAGCAGGCGCCUUCAGCUACAGCCUCUGUUACCAAGACAACAGACUUGUCUUCGUCUUCCUCCCCUGUCAAACACCCGUCCUCACAUAUUCCCGGUUCUUCUCAUCAUCUCAUCACCUCCACGCCCGCCGGUGUCACUUUUAGCUUUCCAACCUCCACUCAGUCCCCAAGCUCCUCCGUUUCCUCUGAGCCGGAGCUGGAACCAUCCGUUGGCUCAACACGCCCCCUGCUGGACGCUGCUCACAUCAGCCUCAUCAGUCUUAGCAUCGUUUUCCUGCUUCUCAGUGCAGCGACGGCUUGGUGGUGUUACAAAUCGAAUGUCGUCCGCUGGUGUGUCCGGCGCCAUAAGGACGACGUAGAGACGGAGAUGUGGAGGAACUCCCACAGUGAGAUGGACCUACUCAGUGAAGACGGAGCAGCAACGGAACAUGAUGAAGAGCUGAGCACAAAGUGCAGUGAUGUCACACUGUGUGUGAAUACAGGGACGGGAACAAACUCUGCAGAGUAGCUGAUGUGGUUUAGUUUCUUUCAUAGGCCUGGAUGAGGCACAACAGACUGAACCGUUUCUCACUGCCGUUUCUCACUGAUGAAGCAGACCAGCCAGAGUUGGUUAGACUCCUUUUUUGCCAACAUGGUUUAAUAUUUUUGAUGCUUUCUAAUGAUGUUGGGUGAUUCAAGAAGCAGUCAUGUUUGUGUUGCUCUUUGCCUUGAAGUAAUGGUUAAAUAUAUAGAUGUAGAGAUUAAGAAUACAACAAUAUGAAAAUUUGGGCUGAUAUUUAUAUCCGAUAUAUUAUUACUCUUGUGGCCGAUAACUAAUAUCUUAUAUAUCUCACUACCCUUUUGAUACCUAUAAAAAAAACUACCAGCCUGCUGAGUUCAGCGCUGCGUCUGCGCUUCAGUUAAACUCCCCACAAUCCUUUGCUACAUCACUGCCACUGUCACAUGACCAACCUUUUUCCCUCCCCUUCCAGAAACAAACAGCAACAAGAUGGAAAUAAAUAUCGGUAGAUUAUAUUGGCCCACAUUUGUUUAUCGGACCAAUUCUGCCAUGUUAAAAAAUGACAAAUCGGCCAAUACUGGCGUUAGUGCCGAUACAUCGUGCAUCCCUGGUAGACAAUAUGUCGGAAUGGAAAACCAACAGUACACUACAAUAAAGUAGUCAGCAUUCGGUCGCCAUGUCAACUCCAUUGUUCAUUUAACAUGCUGUAUUGUUUACCCAGAUUGUUGAUUUUUCUGGUUGCGGAUAUUUUCAAUGCACAUUUACAGACUGCAGGUGAGUUGAGUUUAACUCUGAACUUUGACUGGACCAUCAGAUGCGCUUGGUUCCAUUUAAAGUAUUCUAUUGCAUUUCUGGCUGCCUCAUCAGUAUUAGCGAAUUUUAUCAACUCAUCCAUGCACUGUAUGACAACAAUAUAUGUUUGAUUCUUGUUCUUGGGUGGAAAAAUUGCAGGAACUACUUUAAGAAGACAUAAAGAAAUAAUAAAAGGCAUCUUUUUUUCUA